AUGAUGAACUUGGGUCGUAUUCGGAUGCCCCCUUUGAAAAAUGUGCUGGACGUAGCCAUGCAAACCGUCAGACAACAAAUUCCUGAUAAAACAGGGCAAUCAUCAUCGCGUCCACCACAAAAUGUGAGAUUCGCGAACCUCGACAUGGGAGAAAGUUGCGAGCUAUCUACAAUGAACGAAACUACGUCACCAACAUACCAGUCUACCAAUCCUACCAAUCCAUUCUUGAGUGGCCAGCUACAGGCUGAGGAUUCCUUCACCAGCUACCAAAAUACUUAUCCCCAGCAAGAUGGUGCUCCACGAACACAGAGCAUGCAAAGUGUUGAUUUUUACGCUUCAUCUGAAGAGGGAGGUUUUGAAGAGGGUGGGGGAAAACCAGGUGCCAAAAUUAACGAAUAUCAAGCCGCCUGGAACGUCACCAAUGCUAUUCAGGGUAUGUUCGUGGUGUCGCUUCCUUUUGCUGUACUUCAAGGAGGUUACUGGGCUAUCGCUGCAAUGAUUGGUAUUGCACAUAUCUGCUGCUACACUGGAAAGAUCUUGGUAGAAUGUCUCUAUGAAGAUGACCCCGUGACAGGGCAACGUGUCAGAGUUCGUGAUUCUUACGUCUCUAUCGCUAAAGAAUGUUUUGGUAGAAAGUACGGAGCUAGAAUUGUUAACAUGGCUCAAAUUAUCGAACUACUCAUGACUUGCAUUCUAUACGUUGUUGUCUGUGGCGAUCUUAUGAUAGGUACGUUUCCUGAUGGUUCCAUCGACACUCGCUCCUGGAUGAUGUUGACUGGUAUCUUUCUUCUUCCACUUGGCUUCCUCAAAUCUCUAAAAAGCGUCAGCAUGUUAUCGUUUUGGUGUACCAUGAGUCAUUUGAUCAUAAACGCCAUUGUACUCGGCUAUUGCAUUCUUUAUAUUGGGGAUUGGGGUUGGUCGAAAGUGAAAUGGAGUUUGGAUUUCGAGAAUUUUCCUAUCAGUUUAGGUGUCAUUGUUUUCUCUUACACGUCUCAAAUAUUUUUGCCUACCUUAGAAGGCAACAUGGAGGAUCGAUCCAAAUUUGAAUGGAUGUUAAACUGGUCGCAUAUAGCAGCUGCUGCUUUUAAAUCUAUUUUUGGAUAUUUAUGCUUUUUGACUUUUCAAAACGAUACCCAGCAAGUAAUAACAAACAAUCUUCACUCGGCUGGAUUCAAGGGACUGGUUAACUUCUUUCUUGUAACUAAGGCUGUACUUAGUUACCCCCUACCAUAUUAUGCUGCAUGUGAUUUGCUCGAGCGUGCACUAUUCCGGGGAAAGCCUAAAACUCUUUUUCCACCUAUUUAUGCUUUGGAUGGUGAGUUGAAAGUCUGGGGCCUAGCUUGGCGUUUGGGCGUUAUUAUGUUUACUGUACUGAUGGCGAUUUUCAUUCCCCAUUUUGCCAUACUAAUGGGAUUUAUCGGUAGUUUUACGGGGACAAUGCUGAGUUUCAUUUGGCCCGCAUAUUUCCAUCUAAGACUUAAAGGCAAUCAACUUGAAAGUACUACGAUUGCGUAUGACUAUUUUAUAAUUGGUUUAGGAGUGUUGUUUGGUAUAAUUGGAAUGUACGAUUCAGGUUCGGCUCUUGUAAAAGCGUUCAAGAUAGGUUUGCCGUUUUAA